GCGGAGCCAGACCCCCGGGGGGCGCGGUGCGGGCGGGCUGAGGGCCACUCGCCGCCGCCUCGGGCUCUCGCUGCACCAGGAGCCGCGCCGUCCCCGCCGCCGCUGGGACUCCCUCCCCGGGCAGAGAGGGGGAGAAUGACGGAGCUCCAGUCCGCCUUGCUACUGCGGAGACAACUAGCAGAGCUCAACAAAAAUCCAGUGGAAGGCUUUUCAGCGGGCUUAAUAGAUGACAAUGAUCUUUAUCGAUGGGAAGUCCUUAUUAUUGGUCCUCCAGAUACACUAUAUGAAGGUGGUGUUUUCAAGGCUCAUCUUACUUUUCCAAAAGACUAUCCACUGAGGCCGCCAAAAAUGAAAUUCAUCACAGAAAUCUGGCAUCCGAAUGUUGACAAGAAUGGCGAUGUCUGCAUUUCAAUUCUUCAUGAGCCUGGAGAAGACAAAUAUGGCUAUGAAAAACCUGAGGAACGCUGGCUUCCCAUUCACACAGUGGAAACUAUAAUGAUUAGUGUUAUUUCUAUGCUGGCAGAUCCCAAUGGUGAUUCUCCUGCUAAUGUUGAUGCAGCGAAAGAAUGGAGAGAAGACAGAAAUGGAGAAUUUAAAAGAAAAGUUGCCCGCUGUGUAAGAAAAAGCCAAGAAACUGCUUUUGAGUGACACUUAUUCAGCAGCUAGUAGCUUCACUUUUUUCAGGGUCUCCAAUUGAGAAACAUGGCACUGUUUUUUUUUCCUGCACUCUACCCACCUAUUGCUGGACUUCUGUUGUUACAAGUUGGCAACACUGGCUGGAACUGGGCUGCAAUAAAACAUGCCAGUUAUCAAUGCUGACAAGAGCCUAACAAGUGCCAACACAAGAUGAUUACACAUUUUGAAAUCUAAUGAACUGCUUUAACCUUCAGGAAGAAUUGUAAAGAUGUGUACAUAGCACAACAUGAUCCGGAUAAUAUAUAUACUGUUCAUGUACAUCCACAAAUACACAUUGUACCAAAUAAUGCUGUCUGUAGUUAGGAAUAGAAUCGUGUAAAUUCUAAAGAUUUUAGCAGGUUUUUCUCUCCCUAUUCAUUGUUUCCUAUCAGUUUAAAAAGAAAAAAAACAACUUGUGAAGCAUGUCAAACUAAAACCAAUUAGGAUAAAGUUGGUUUGUUUUCCCCCCCACUUUAAUUUUCCUUUGACCCACUGAGGCUUAAUUAAAAUCUCUUGCUUAUUAAAGUUUAGUAUCUCUUUUUUGGUUUUUGGAAAUGUGCUCCCUUUUAUUUCCCUCAUCAGAACUUCAAAUUUUCCUAAUUAAACCCUGAAAGGAUUUGCUGUCAA